AGCUAUAAAGGCGAGCUAAUCCCGUCUCCUUCCUCCUCACCCCGGGCCCAAGCACCCGCAAAUAUCUGUCGCCGUCUCGUCUCUCUCGCUAACAGCACCAACCGCCUCGUCGAAUUCGACAGCCAUGGCGAGCCAAGGCGAGCCGUCUUCCUCCGAUCCGAAGGGGAAGAAGGACUACUCGACGGCGAUCCUCGAGAGGAAGAAGUCGCCGAACCGGCUGGUGGUCGACGAGGCCACCAAUGAUGACAACUCCGUCGUCGCACUGCAACCGGACACCAUGGAGCGCCUCCAGCUCUUCCGCGGUGACACUGUCCUGCUCAAGGGUAAGAAGAGAAAGGACACUAUCUGCAUCGUGCUUGCAGAUGAAACUUGCGAGGAGCCAAAGAUCAGGAUGAACAAGGUUGUCAGGAAGAACUUGAGGGUACGACUUGGUGAUGUGGUCUCCGUCCAUCAAUGCCCAGAUGUUAAGUAUGGGAAGCGUGUACACAUACUUCCAAUUGAUGACACGGUUGAAGGCAUUACUGGCAACUUAUUUGAUGCCUUCCUGAAACCAUACUUCCUUGAAGCCUAUCGUCCUUUGAGAAAAGGAGACCUUUUCCUUGUCAGGGGUGGUAUGAGAAGUGUAGAAUUCAAAGUUAUAGAGACUGACCCUGCAGAGUAUUGUAUCGUUGCACCAGAUACAGAGAUAUUCUGUGAAGGUGAGCCUAUUAAGAGGGAAGAUGAGGAAAGACUCGAUGAGGUUGGCUAUGAUGAUGUCGGAGGAGUUAGGAAGCAAAUGGCCCAAAUCAGAGAACUGGUUGAACUUCCACUGCGUCAUCCCCAGCUUUUCAAGUCCAUUGGUGUGAAGCCACCAAAGGGCAUAUUGCUGUAUGGGCCUCCUGGUUCUGGCAAGACCCUUAUUGCUAGAGCUGUAGCUAAUGAGACAGGUGCUUUCUUCUUCCUGAUCAAUGGUCCAGAAAUUAUGUCAAAGCUAGCAGGAGAAAGCGAGAGCAAUCUCAGAAAGGCUUUUGAAGAAGCUGAGAAGAAUGCACCUUCGAUCAUUUUCAUUGAUGAGCUAGAUUCCAUAGCACCUAAGAGAGAGAAGACCCAUGGAGAAGUUGAGAGGCGUAUUGUUUCACAACUUUUGACUCUUAUGGAUGGCCUUAAGUCUCGUGCACAUGUCAUUGUUAUGGGUGCCACAAACCGCCCGAACAGUAUCGAUCCUGCUCUUAGAAGGUUUGGUAGGUUUGACCGUGAGAUUGAUAUUGGUGUUCCGGAUGAAGUUGGGCGCCUUGAGGUUCUUCGGAUUCACACCAAAAACAUGAAGCUUGCUGAAGAUGUUGACUUGGAGCACAUUGCAAGGGAUACCCAUGGUUAUGUCGGUGCUGAUCUUGCUGCCCUUUGUACUGAGGCUGCUCUUCAGUGCAUUCGUGAGAAGAUGGAUAUUAUAGAUCUUGAGGAUGAAACAAUAGAUGCCGAGAUACUCAACUCUAUGGCUGUCUCAAAUGAUCAUUUCAAGACUGCACUUGGGACAAGCAACCCGUCUGCUCUGCGUGAAACUGUUGUUGAAGUUCCAAAUGUCUCUUGGGAUGAUAUUGGUGGCCUGGAGAAUGUCAAGAGGGAGCUCCAGGAGACUGUUCAAUAUCCAGUGGAGCAUCCAGAGAAAUUCGAAAAGUUUGGAAUGUCUCCUUCAAAGGGUGUUCUGUUUUACGGCCCCCCUGGUUGUGGAAAGACUUUGUUGGCCAAGGCGAUUGCUAACGAAUGCCAGGCUAACUUCAUCAGUGUGAAGGGACCUGAGCUGCUUACCAUGUGGUUUGGUGAGAGUGAGGCCAAUGUCCGUGAGAUUUUUGACAAAGCCAGGCAGUCUGCUCCAUGUGUUCUCUUCUUCGAUGAGCUUGACUCCAUUGCUACUCAGAGGGGCAGCAGCGUUGGUGAUGCUGGAGGUGCUGCUGACAGAGUGUUGAACCAGCUGCUGACUGAGAUGGAUGGCAUGAACGCCAAGAAGACUGUUUUCAUCAUCGGUGCCACCAACAGACCAGACAUCAUUGACCCUGCUUUGCUCAGGCCAGGGCGUCUUGAUCAGCUUAUCUACAUUCCCUUGCCCGACCACCAAUCCAGGCUCCAGAUCUUCAAAGCGUGCCUCAGGAAGUCUCCUGUGGCUAAGGAUGUUGACUUGAACGCUCUUGCCAAGUACACCCAGGGAUUCAGCGGUGCAGAUAUCACUGAGAUCUGCCAGCGCGCGUGCAAGUAUGCCAUCAGGGAGAACAUCGAGAAGGACAUCGAGAGGGAGAGGCGUAGGAAGGACAACCCUGAGGCCAUGGAGGAAGACGAGGCGGACGAAAUUGCUGAGAUCAAGGCUGCUCACUUCGAGGAGUCGAUGAAGUAUGCGCGCCGGAGCGUGAGCGACGCUGACAUCCGCAAGUACCAAGCCUUCGCCCAGACGCUCCAGCAGUCUCGCGGAUUCGGCAGCGAGUUCCGGUUCGCUGACCAACCGGCGGCGGCAGCGGCAGGCCCUGCUGGCACGGCCGACCCCUUCGCAUCCGCGGCGGACGAUGAUGACUUAUACAGUUAAAUUAGCAGUUCUGCGGUUAUGUAGCUUAUAUAUACUUUUGGUAUGGUAGACUUAUUGUAUGUAAGGUCCGUGGUGUAUUUACUUUUAAGUAACAUAUAUAUUUUGCUAGAUACUUGAAGCCGCGUCAUCUUCA